AUGAAUACUAUGAAAAGUCGUAUUCUGUUCAUAUUUCUUGCAUUAUACCAAUCCAUCGUUUGUCAUAUUGUGAUCGUGAGCAGCAAUGAUACCCAUCUUGAUAAGCCAGCUGUCUUUGGUCCUCGGCUUACAAAGCAAGGCGUACUAGGCAACUUGUUACUAGCACCCAAGGAGAGCAAUGACGGGUGCUUGCCAUGUACAUCGCAAGGCAAGAAUUGGAUUGCUAUAGUGGAAAGAGGAGGAUGUUCGUUUGUAAACAAGGUGAGAUCGCUGCAAGCAAGCGGAGCCAUUGCUGUGAUUAUCGGGGAUCGACAUUAUAAUGGCUGGAUCACCAUGUAUGCCACAGACACUGAUGCAUCUGAUGUUAUUAUACCCAGUGUGUAUGUCGCACAGUACCAAUUUCUAUCUCUGAUGCAAUAUUUGCAAGACACACAAAACUCGUCUGUCAUUAUCAGGAUCACCAAAAACGAAUUAUUUACAUGGUCUCUGUCAGAUCUCUUGUUGUUUUUCGCUGUGUUGUUACCUUCUAGUGUGCUAUAUGCACUGUACCUGACAUGGCGAGUGCAUCAACAGCGUCAGCAGCAGAGAGAACAGCGCCGAGUAGCAUCACAUCAGAGCAAAGCACCGGCAGAACUAGUGUAUAGACUGAAAACAAAGACAUUUCACAAGGAAAACAAGGACGGUGAGGAAGAAGAAUGUAUCAUUUGUCUGGAAUCCUAUCAAGAAGGUGAUACACUACGCAAAUUACCGUGCAAGCAUGAAUUUCAUUCAAGUUGUGUGGAUACAUGGCUCAUCACCAGAAAGAAAUAUUGUCCAAUCUGUAAAUUCGAUGUAUGUAAACAAAUGUAUUAUCAACCAAACGAGAGUACGCCGUUAUUGUCAGCUUGA